UCCCUUUGUGCUUCUACCGAUCAAGACCAGCUUGCUUUGUCUGCACAAAAUUGCCUUCUCGACGCCACUCAGCUGACGCAGUCCAUUCGUCUUGUGGCCCUGCAUGCUAGACCUGCGGCACCAAGUACCGCGUCAUCAGAUCCGGAACCUGAAGUCAAUGUCGAAAUCCCCUGUCGUUCUAGUAGCCCUGGCAUUGAGGCUCAAGUCAGGCUGCUCGAUUCUGCUCGCGACGUCGUUGCUGACCUUGUUGGUCUCUUGACGCAGGCCAGGGCCGUGGCUGCAGCCAGCGUCGGUGGCACCGGACACUCGGCUGCCGGCGCUGAUGCUUCAUUUGGCGCCGGCGAUGAUAGCCAGUUCGCCAUAGAUCCGCUUACUUCGCGCCAGCUCAAUGCGGCUCUCAGCGAAGCAGCCAAACAGGCAAGUUAG